AUGUCCCCCCUUGUUUCUGCGGUCCCUCUGCAUGUCAACGGGACAGGGGUCUCCAUUCCACUCAAAAAGCGGAGCUCAAACAGACUCGACAACACGAUGGCUCAACACGCUCAUCUCGUGUCCAAGUAUGAAAACUCUUUUAACAUCUACAGGAUCAACACAGGGAAGAUUCAUCCAUUGGCGGGGCGUAGAAGCAUGAUUUCCAGCAGAGCCAAUACGAGUACUGAGGCUCUCACAGCGAGUAAGAUUCUUUGGUAUGGCGAAAUCACGAUAGGCACUCCCCCCGUAACUUUCAAGGUUGAAUUCGACACCGGAAGCAGCGACACCUGGGUUCCGGACUCCUCCUGCGCGGCAUGCAGUGGUCAUUCAACGUAUGACCCCAGCUCUAGCUCCACAUCUCGUGAUCUGGGACAGGACUUUGAUAUAAAUUAUCAAGAUGACACGUAUGCCACAGGCCAGCAGUACACUGACGACAUUACGGUCGCUGGUUUGACGGCCACUAACCAAGCAUUCGCCUCUGCUAGUGAUGUCGACUCAGGACUUCUUGAUCGCGCGUCUGAUGGCAUGAUGGGCAUGGGGUGGCCUUCUAUUUCCCAAACUGGGACACCCGUUUUUAAUACUCUCGUAGAACAAGGAGUAGUGUCGAGCGGCGUAUUUGGCUUCUACCUCACCGAUACGGAUGGUUCGCUCUUUCUCGGGGGAACUGAUGCAUCGCUUUACAAAGGUCCACUGAAUUGGAAUCCCGUCCUCUACCAGUCGUCCUGGUAUAUAACAGUAGAUGAUGUCAAUGUUGGAGGACAAACCGUCAUUUCAUCCGUGGACGCAUCCGUCGACUCAGGAACAACUCUCAUCCUGGGAGAUGCCCAAAGUGUAGCGCAGUUUUGGUCUUCGAUUCCUGGCAGCCAAGCAGCGAUUCAAUAUGGACCUGGGAUGUACACUUAUCCAUGUGACUCCAACCCGAUCGUUUCGGUCUCAAUUGGCAGCCAAACAUAUACGAUCUCGUCACAACACCUAAAGUGGUUACAAGUGUCCGAUGCGGACUGCGUAGGGAGUGUCGUCGCCACCGAUGACAGUAUUCGCCACUGGGUCCUUGGCGAUGCAUUCAUGAAGAAUGUUUAUACUGCCUUCGAUUUCGACCAUUCCAGAGUCGGCUUUGCACAGUUGUGA